AAGUAAAGAUAAGGAAGGAGAGCCAUCCACAACAUUUUAUUUAUAGAAAAUAUUGUAAAGCUCCAUUGCUGGCAGUAGCAGUGAAAUGAGAGCAAUUGAAAUAUACUGGUAUGGGGGCUUAGCCGCUUCCACUCUAUCACAAUCAUCAUUGUCGUGUAUUUCCAAGGUUCAUCAGAGAUGCCUGCGAACAAAAAUCAAAGCAGUUGCAAGUAGUCAUGAGAAGGAAGAGGCUUGUGUGAAGUUUGCCUUUGUCAGCUCAGUACUCCUACCAGAUGGGACACCAGAUGUGCAGCUAAGGAAAGCAUGUGGUGGCCAAAAACUUAGGGACAUAAUGCUCGAUGCUAAUGUCGAGUUGUAUGGACCUUAUGCAAGACCUUUGCUCAAUUGUGGGGGAGGAGGAACUUGUGCUACAUGUUUGGUUGAGGUUGUUGAAGGAAAGGAGCUACUCAACCCUCGCACAGACAAGGAGAAUGAAAAUUUAAAACGGGUAUACAUAUAUAUAUAU